GAUUGUCCUUCCAGGGCAUAGCGACAAUGAAGAAUCAACUUACUGCUGCGUUGCGCCGUGCGGCAUCCACCUUGACCAAAGAGGCCGGCGACAUCAGCUCCGUGUUUCCCUCACUGUCGGGCAAGAAGCCUGAUCCUCUGCCUCCACGGUUCAGUGCCUUGAAGAAGACGUUGAUCAGGGGCAAUGAGGACGCCAUAACAGCGUCCUGGCAACGGUUAUUGAAGAGUCUGGAGCGGGAGAUUGCCGAGAUUAGAUCAGAAGGCAUUGAUGUGAUACCUAGCAUCGAAUUUCGAGAUGUAGUGGCCGGGACUGUCCCUCAAUCAAAGCUUGACGCGAUACGCCACCGAGGAACUGCAGUUAUUCGCAAUGUUCUCCCACGAGAACAGGCGCUGGACUUCAAACAACAGGCCAAGGAGUAUAUCGCUGCAAAUCGAUCCAAAAUCAAGGCCUUUCCGCCAGAUAACCCUGCCGUGUAUGAGUUGUAUUGGACUCCCUCCCAGGUUCAAGCACGGGCUCAUCCGAACAUGCUGCGAGCCCAAUCUUUUCUCGCCUCUUUCUGGCACUCCUCGGACCCGUCGUCAGAGAUAUCUACAACCUACCCUCUGACGUACGCAGACCGAUUUCGCAUUCGGCAACCGGGCGACGCAAAAUUCUCACUUGGGCCGCACACCGAUGGAGGAAGUCUCGAGCGCUGGGAAGAUCCCGAGUAUUCUCGCGUCUAUCAGACCAUCCUGAAUGGCCGCUGGGAAGAGUAUGAUCCUUUCGACGCACGCCACCGCAUCGAAGCCAACAUGGACCUGUAUAACGGCGCAGGCGCUUGCAGCAUGUUCCGCCUCUUCCAGGGCUGGCUGUCCAUGUCCUCAACAGGGCCUGGUGAAGGCACCCUGAAAGUUUGCCCCUUGAUCCGACAUGUCACAUCUUACCUGAUAUUGAGACCGUUUAUCAAUCUCCAGACAGGGAAGCUGAACCUGGAUGCCACAUUUCCCAACUCUGUCCCAGCUGCAUGUCAGGAAUAUGAUCCGGUAUCUCACCCGGGCCUCGAGCUUGACACCACCAUGGUGAGCAUGCCCAGGGUCGAACCUGGUGAUUAUGUCGCUUGGCACUGUGACAUGAUCCAUGCUGUAGACAAGGAGCACCACGGAAAAGGUGACAGCAGCGUCAUGUACAUUCCCGCAUGUGCAAUCACCAGACCGAAUCUCGAGUUUUUGAAGAGACAACGGAUGAGUGCCUUGGCAUACAGUCCCCCACCGGACUUCCCAGGUGCUGGUGGUGAUGGCGAGGUUGGUUUUGUUGGAGCUGUGACUUGGGAUCAAGUCAAUGAUGCAGGCAAACGUGCCAUGGGACUGGGCCAGAAGAUGUGGGACCUCAAUCCGGGCAUGAGUGAAGGAGAGCGGAUGGCGAUUGAGGCUGGCAACAGGAUACUGUUGGGUUGACCGUCCUGCUGCAAAAGCAUCCAGCGUAAGCGGCAUUGUCCUCUCUACCUUUCAAGAGUGAAAUGGGUCAACCAUUCUCUUUCAGGCUUGGUAUACCGAUUUAUCUCCUUCAGGGAACUCUUUCGAACUGGGAAUUCAGUUCUUCGGACUUUGAGUAUUCACUCAUGGAGUGUGCAUCCAUGGAUACCGGCUCCGACUGGGAAGACGCGCUGUGAGCUCCACUGAUAUGUCAGGGGACAUACCACUGCCAUCAGACUGGUCAACAAUUUUUUGCAGAAAUUUCCUUUCCACCGAUGUCUUAAUCCGUUGUGGGUUGCUGCGAGGUGAGACAGCUGGUAAGGCAACCUGCACACUUGCAC